AUGGCCUUGGGCUUCCUGACGGACCGCCUGGACCGGGCAGACCGAUCCGAGGCCAAGGAAGUCGAGGCGCCGCAGGCACCGCUGCCCCGCGAGUCCUUGGAGUCUCUGCACCUUUUUGGCCCACGUUGCACCUGGCUGGUGGCCAUGUUGCUUGUGCAAAGCGUGUCAUCACUGAUUCUGGACUCUUUCAAGGGUCUGAUGCAAAGACAUAUGUCGCUGACAUUCUUCUUGACCAUGCUGGUGGGCCUUGGAGGCAACGCGGGUGGACAGAGUGUGGUCCUCACCGUCCGACGCCUGGCCCUGGGGAAGCCUGUUCAGGUCAAGGAGCAGCUCCACGUGGGUUUGCUCCUGGUGCUAGUCAUGGCUCCACUGGCCUUCGUCCGCGCCUACAUGCAGCAGACGCCCCUGUCCGAGAGUUUGACAGUAGGAGCUGCAGCAGCCGUCAUCACCGUUUGUGCCACCAUUGUGGGCACCGCCUUGCCAAAGUUGCUGUGGUUCUUCAAUGUGGACCCCGCUCACGGCGCUGUGGGCGUGCAGGUCCUCAUGGACAUUGCGGGCAUUGCCAUCGUAUGUGGUUUGGGCUACCUUUUCCUGGAGCUGCCAGCCAAAUUUGCAAAGUAG